AUGCAGCACAGAAAAACUGCGACAAAAAAGGCCGAGGCACCUGGGCUUGCAAAAAGAAAGGGCGCUUUAGAGAGAACAAGAGAUGCUGAAGCCGCUUGUGGAGAAGCGGCGCCGAGAUCGCAUCAACCGCAGCCUGGAAGAGCUGAGGCUGCUGCUGCUGGAGCGGACCCGGGACCAGAACCUCCGGAACCCGAAGCUGGAGAAAGCAGAGAUACUGGAGUUCGCCGUGGGCUACUUGAGGGAGCGAAGCCGGGUGGAGCCCCCGGGGGUCCCCCGGUCCCCAGCCCAGGACGCCGAGGCGCUCGCCAGCUGCUACUUGUCCGGUUUCCGCGAGUGCCUGCUUCGCCUGGCGGCCUUCGCGCACGACGCCAGCCCGGCCGCCCGCGCCCAGCUCUUCUCCGCGCUGCACGUCUACCUGCGCCCCAAGCCGCCCCGGCCGGAACCCGUAGAUCCGAGACCCCAAGCGGCGCGCCCACUGCUGGACCCCGCCGCCCCGGCGCCUGGCCCCGCGCUGCACCAGCGCCCCCCAGUGCACCAGGGCUCCUCCAGCCCUCGCUGUGCCUGGUCCCCGCCCCCUUGCUCCCCCCGCGCCGGGGAUUCCGGCGAGCGGGCGCCCCUCACCGGACUGCUGCCGCCGCCUCCGCCGCCUCACAGACAAGAUGGGGCGCCCAAGGCCCCGCCGCCCCCGCCGCCCGCUUUCUGGAGACCUUGGCCCUAA